AUGAGCAUCAAUGACGUGGCCGACCACAACGCCAGCGACAAUGAAGGCAGCGUGAACGUGAAUGUGAACGUGAACGCUGGCGUCUCGCCGCUUCAGGAGACGCCAUGUAAGAAGAGGCGGUCGGAGUUGCAGGAACAGGGAUGGCGGCGCAUCAUCCGCAACUUUACGCCUUCAUGGUUCGCAGUCAACAUGGGGACUGGCAUUGUUUCCAUCCUCCUCCUCCAUCUGCCGUACAAUGCCCAAUGGCUCCAGUACAUCAGCUACAUCUUCUUCGGCCUCAACAUCCUCCUCUUCGCAGCCUUUUUGUGCAUUUCCGUGGCGCGUUAUACUGCCUAUCCCGAAAUAUGGCAGGCCAUGAUUUCCCAUCCAGGACAGUCGUUGUUCCUGGGCUGCUUCCCAAUAGGUUUUGCCACCAUCAUCAACAUGAUGAUCUUCAGUUGCGCACAAUGGGGCGACUGGCUCGUCUACCUCGCCUGGGCAUUCUGGUGGGUAGACGUGCUCCUCUCCAUGGCCACCGCCAUCACCAUGCCCUUCAUCGUCAUGCAUCGCCAUAAACCGGGACUGAACAACACCACCGCUGCUUUGCUGCUUCCUAUCGUGCCCACCGUCGUCGCUGCCGCCACGGGGGGCGUCGUCGCCGAAGCACUGCCUAACCACGGACACGCAUUCACCACCCUCAUUGCCUCCUACAUCCUCUGGGGCAUCGGCGAAUCUCUGUCCGCCUGCGUCCUGGCCCUCUACUUCCACCGCCUGACCAUCCAUUCCCUUCCGCCAAAGGAGGUCAUCGUUUCCGUCUUCCUGCCCGUCGGACCCCUCGGCCAGGGCGGUUUCGGCAUUCAGCAGCUCGGCAAAGUAGCCGUCAAGCUGCUCUCGGCAACAUCAGCCUUCCAAGCAGCCAGCGUAGACGUCGCGCGCGGUGCCGAGAUGCUGUAUGUCCUAGGCGUGUUCAUAGGCAUGAUCAUGUGGGGAUUCGCUCUUGUAUGGGUCUGCUUCGCGCUCAUUAGCCUGGCAACGAUCCGUGACUUUCCCUUCAACAUGGGCUGGUGGGGGUUCACUUUCCCCUUGGGCGUCUGGGCGACGUGCACGAGCAUGCUGGCGAUAAAUUUGGACAGUGAUUUCUUCAAGGUGGCCACGGUGGUCAUUUCCCUGUCCGUACUUCUCCUCUGGAUCAUGGUUGCCGCCAGGACGCUUCGUCUAGCCGUAACAGGCGAGUUGUUCUUCGCGCCCUGUCUUAAGGAUCUCAAAGAAAAGGAGCCGCGACGAGGAGACUCGGGUGAACGAGUUUGA